GGGAUGUCCCAGCAGGCCCAGCAUGGCCACGCCUCCUCUCCGUAAUGCAUCCCUGAAGACUAAGAGCCGGCCAGGAGUCGGACACAGAAUGGGGCAGCACGCUGCGGCGACGGUGGCAGGUUUUUUUUAAAGUAGAAGUCUCUACAGGGAUCCGGAGGUUGUCUAUUUCGGCUAUGUGGCCCUGGGCUCUACUACCGAUUAUCCUGACAAUAUGGGCAACCGCUGGCAUAUGGAUAGUUUAUGCGAUGGCUGUGAGCAAUGGAUCAGUCAACAUGACAGAUGUGUUUCCCUACAUCAGUACAUGUGGUUCAUAUCCUCCCCAGAGCUGUAUAUUUGGACAAAUACUUAAUAUAGGUGCAAUGUUAGCUAUCUGGAUCUCCGCCAUACGGUUUCAGCAAAUCCGGGACUAUGGCUGCCACUCUCAUCUAAAUUCCUUUGGCCUGGCACUGGGAUUUCUCUGUGCUUUGGGAACUUCCAUCGUUGGUAAUUUUCAGCAAUCAGUUCAUUUGCAAACACACCUCGCUGGUGCAUUUAUGGCAUUUGUCAUCGGCAACAUCUACUUCUGGGUACAAACGGCGCUGACCUACAGGGUGGAACCCAGGCACGGUGGUUGCUGGAUAGGACCACUUAGAUUCAUCCUGUGUGUGGCUACCACAGCACUGCUUUUAAUGAUGAUUGGAUUCGUUGCCAAGGGUAUGAAAUCCAUAGCUGCCAUUUGUGAAUGGAUUCUGGCCAUGAUUUUAUUUUUGAUGUAUGGACUUUUCUGCGUUGACUUUUGGUAUCUUGAAGGACACUUUUUCCAUGUGAAGAAAGGGAGGGUGGCCAUUCCAAAUGAACAUCAGGCUUCCACUAUCACCCUGAGCAUGUAAAUACCCAGUACUGCAGAGAAGUACAUUAGGUGGCAUCAGAGACUGUUGUGCCACCAUGGCUCGUAUCCAGAGAAUUCUGGGAGUUGUAGCAGACAUUAGACUGUAUCAGGUUUGGUUCUCUAUCCACUGUGAAUGCAGCCUCCAUUCAAACCACAAGGCGGCACCUAUCAUGAACCCAAGCACUUUGCGCUGCUGCUACAGCCAUUAAAGACUCCAGUCUUUUACUGAGAUAUAUUUGUGCCAAACACAUUUCAAGAUGAUAAAUUAUGAAAGCAACUAAAGAUUUUAGGAAAUAUGAAGGACAUGUCUUCCAUUGGGUCUACAUUAGUGACACAUUACUUUAUAUGAUUAAAGAAGAAAAUACAGACAUUUUCCAUUGUCAAAUGCAGGUUUAAAACACUCCAGAUUGUGUGUUUACAAUACACUGUGUAAGCUAAAGAAUUUGCACUGUACAAUUCUACGAACCCAGAGCAAAAUAGGCAACCUCAAGGCAGUAUUAACCUCGCAUACAGUAUAUAUUUACUAUUUACAGUAGAGAUCACUGUGCCAGAUCCCUCGUGCUCUACUGCGCAUGUGCGUUUUUUUUAAUACUGACAGAAAUAUGACGUUCCAAUCAGGAGCAAGGGUUCUGCGGUACAGACACUGGCUGCAGGACACAGGCUCGGGGACUGGGCGCUGUGCUGCACACGGGCCAAUCAUCUGCUCACAUUACAGGGCAGAUUUAACAACGAGUGAAAUUCUUGUUA